UCGAUGAUCGUCCUUGUCUGCUACCUGCUACCCCAAGUACCGGUUGUUGGCAAAGGAAUACCCGAGUACCGGUUGUUGGUAAUAAACACAAGUGAAGUGAAUGAAUGCGGAAAGAGAGCAGACAGUUUUUUCGUCAAAUAUAUUAUGUGUGAUAUGCAGAUUUUUUUCUGAGCGAGCAUUUAAAAUAUCUUACCCAGUGUUGAUUUAAUCUAAGACAGAUAAAAGCAUCUAGAACUGUACAGAAGAACCCAUGGGUAACAGGCCUUUCUACAGCUGAUAUCAUCAAGGUUUUUACAACUUGACUGUCAGACCAGCAAUAAAUGACAAUGUCCAGAACAAGGAAGACUUUUACCAAGAUCACCACCACUGACAAAAAAACUUACUUUUUACUGAGCACAGUUCAUGAUGAAGGCAAAGAGGGAUAUCAUUUGUUACUGUCAAAUGGCAAGCAAGCAUGGGCUGGAGAGUUAACAGAAGACAGUCUGGAUGAACAAAGUUCUGAAAAGAAAAUUCCUUUCCAUGACUAUGUGUCUCAGACUAAGAAAGCUCUCACAAGAGAGGAGGUUGGCACCUUUAACUUUAUCUAUGAAGUCAAAAAAGAAGAGGAAGGGAUUAUAAAUUUUAUUUGGAAGAAAUAUAUACCUUCGUCAAAAAUUAAAUUCCAAAUAGGUGAAGUUGCCCUUAUGGAAAAGGAAGACCCAUCCCACGCAAUACAAGAAAUAUUUAAUUAUUGUAUAGAAGGCAGAGUGGAACUACUGGAUACAAUUUCUUCUUUGAAGAUAGACAAUGAAAGGCUGUCUGGAGAAAGAGCACAAGCACUAAAGAGAUUAGACAAAGUUGUUUCUGCUAAAGAAGAAAUGGAGAAAGACCUCUAUGCAAAGUUUCAAACCAUUUUGAAUAGCAAGAAAGCAAAGAUAAGGGAAACUAAUGAAAAAUUGGAAAAUGUUGCUACAGGCCAGCAAGAUGGAUUAGAAGGUGGAGAUCAUGGCAGAGGAAGGGAUUCUGAUACUGAUGAUAAUAAUGACUCUGAUCAAGAUAUACCUGAGAGAAAACUGAACAGCAAACGGCCAAGGUUGGAGAGUGAUGAAAGUGUGACCAAAGAUGAGGAGAGAGCUUCCACUCCAACAUACAAAGGAAAGGGAAAGGGAAAAGGAAAAAGUGCUAAGAAAAUCUAUUCCCUGAGUGCAGAACUUGAUGAAAGUCUGGUCUUAGAUGAUGAUGAAGACACAAUUCCAAAGGAACCUAUUGGAAGAAAAAAGAGACUUCCCAGACGUGGUGAGAAGAAACAGACCCCUGCCAAACCCACACUACCCAAGGGUACUUCUAUGAAUCAACAGGGCAGGAUGGAAAGUCCAGUCAGCAGUCGCCGCCCAAGUCUAAAAAGAGGAAACACUGGACUCUCAAAUCGCUCAUCUGAUAAUCUUGAUGCUGAUGACUUGCUGGCAAAUAUGUAGCUUUGAAACAUGAAGUAU